GAGGAGACCCUAACAGUUAGUAAGGUAUCUAACUUAAUUACUAAAAAGGAGGGUAGUAGUUGUGAGGAUAGCAAGACACCUGCGAAGAGGGUGCGCGCAGAGAGGCGCUGCAGCUGUUGCAGCAAGAUUAGGCAUAACUCCCACACCUGCAAGGUAGAAAUAGAGGAUAUAGAUAAUAGCGAUGCUUAUAAAUAA